AUUCACAGCUACCUAAAUCACCCUUUCAAUCUGGAUUAGCUCUCUUUAUUUUCACACCGGUUUUCUUAUUAAAUUCCUAACUCCUUUGUUUUCCUGUGGAGAAACACGGUGAUUAUUCAGCAUUAGAAACGCGCACAGUUCGGAACAUCAUGUUAAAAAUGAUUCCGGAGCUGAACAAAGCGACGGUGCGUAUGAGAGACCGAGGACAAGUGGAAACCAUCAUCAGAAACAUGCAGAGAGAAGGAGCUUCUGCACUGCAGGUGAUCUCUGACUUCGACAUGACACUCACCAGAUUUGCUCAUAAAGGGAAACGCUGCCCUACAACACACAAUAUUCUUCACAACACCAAUCUGAUUAGUGAGGAAUGUAAAGCGAAGAUGUCGAAUUUGGUGGCUCAUUAUUACCCCAUUGAGAUCGACAGCUCAAAGUCUGUGGAGGAGAAAAUUCCUCACAUGGUGGAGUGGUGGAUGCGAGCUCACGAUUUGCUCAUCCAGCAGAAAAUCAAGAAAGUCCAGCUGGCUCAGGCUGUGAAGGGCUCGGGUGCCAAGUUGAGAGAAGGCUACAAGUCUUUCUUUAAAGUGCUGAAGCAGAACUCUGUCCCUCUGCUGAUCUUCUCGGCUGGAGUCGGAGAUAUUUUAGAGGAAGUGAUUAUCGAACAUGGCGUCUUCGACCCGAACGUGCGCAUCUUCUCCAACUACAUGGACUACGACGAAAAUGGUGUUGCAUGUACAUUUAAGGGUGAGUUGAUCCACUCCUUUAAUAAAAAAGAGGGAGCUCUGCAGAACACACACCAGUUUGUACACGAUCGCACCAACGUCCUGCUGCUGGGAGAUUCACUGGGAGACCUGGACAUGGCCGAGGGAGUGCAGGACCUCAAAAACCUCCUGCGCAUCGGCUACCUCAACGACAAGGUUGAGGAGAGGAGGGAGGCUUAUGUCAGCUCUUAUGACAUCGUGCUGGAGGAAGAUGAGACGCUGGAUGUUCCCAACGCAAUUCUCAACUACAUCACAGCGGGGGAAGGAACAUCACCUGGUCAAUGAGACACCUGAUGAAACACCUCACUGUCAGUAAUGUUCCAUGUCUAUUGGGAGCCCACCAUCCCAACCACUGGCCAAAUAGGAAUAAGCUGAGGGUCGAAGGUCAGUGGGACAAACGGACUGAUAGUGAGUCGUCACAUACUGUCAUCAACUCAUCAACUCCUAGUUUUGAAUUAUUCUCCUUUCUGUGUGUCUCAUCUCAUCUGUAAUAAUUUGUCUUUCUUUUAAAGACUUUUUUUUGUAUGAUUUUAUAAAUUGGCCCAGUUUCUCUCUUUCUGAGGGAUUUUUAGCUUUGAAACGUUUCAAGAUAUUUUAACUGUUUCAUUAAAACAUCCGUCUCAUGUAUGAUUUACAGAACAUAAAAAUCCUUUACAUUCUC